AUGGUUUUAUAUAGUUCAUCAGCUCACUUUAUCAAAGGUGGUACAUAAUACCUAUACUGUUUUAUAUUGAUCUCAAGUAUACCCAAUCUCUUAGAAUCCCUCCAGAUUUCAAGCCUCUGCAUUGAGUUCGAAUUCUUGAAGCUCUUCGUCUCUUUGCCCUAAAAGGACAUGCUAUAUANUGAAUAUAAAAAUAAUAAAAAAGUUGGUAAAUGGGAAAUAUUUUGGAAUAAUGAGGAAGAUAUUAAAUAAAUGUAAGAAAAUAGAUAUAUAUAUUAAUGUCUGUAUUUAGUGGUGGUGGAUUUUAUGAUGAUGGAGGAGAUGAAUUGAAGUUUGGUAAGUGGGUGGAAGUAUCCGACGGAUUUCACGUGUAUUCUUAAGUAACUUAGGUUGGUGAAUAUAAACUUGGUAAAAAGGUUGGGAGAUGGAAUAUAUGUUAUAGUGAUUCAGAAGGAAAUAAAACGAUGUAAAAAUAUUCUAGUUAAUGCUUGUUUUUAGUGGUGGUGGAUUAUAUGAAGAAAGUGGUACUGAAAUUAAGGUUGGUAAUUGGUUGGAAAUUUCUGAUGAAUUUACAUCUUACAUUUAAGUAAUGUAUUAAGGUGAAUAUCUAAAUAAUAAAAAAUGCGGUAGAUGGGAUAUUUGGUUUAAUUUUUUAGAAAAUUAGAUAAUGUAUUAUAAUAAUAAAGUGUUUCUGUUUUAGUGGUGGCGGAACUUAUGAUGAAGAAGGCUAUGGGAUUAAAUUGGGUAAUUGGGUGGAAUUGUGGGAUGAAUUUCAAAUUUUAUCUUAAAUUAUGUACAAUGGUGAAUAUAAAAACGCUAAAAAAGUUGGAAAAUGGGAUUUGUUGUAUAGGUAUUAUGAUGAAAGUGAGUUUAAAUUGAUGUAAAAAGUUUCAUCUAUAUUUAUGAAUUAUAAUUCAUUUUUAGAGGUGGAGGAUAAUAUAAUAGUGACGGGAUAAAGGAUGGUUAUUGGGUGGAAAUAAAUAAUGGAUUUUAAUGGACUUCUGAAAUAAUAGAUGAUGGUGAAUAUAAGAAAGGUAAAAAAGUUGGAAAAUGGAGCCAAUAGUAUCGAGACUGGAACAAAAUAGAAGAAGGCUUUAUUAAGAUAAAAGAAAUUAUAUAUGAUAAUUGA